AUGAUGAUUACCAAUAUUUAUGUUAUCACGGCCAUCGCUGUGAUUGGAGGCUCGCUAUUUGGCUUUGAUCUGUCUUCGAUGUCUGCCAUCCUCCCUACGAACCAAUAUAGAUGCUAUUUCAAUCAGGGACCUAAUGGGCCGCCAUUCAAUAACGCAACCCACUGUUCGGGCCCAGAUGCUACAAUCCAAGGUGGAAUCACAGCCUCCAUGUCUGGAGGCUCUUUUAUUGGGGCAUUGAUCUCGGGCUUCGUGACUGAUAUAUUCGGCCGAAAAUCAGCUAUUCAAAUGGGAGCUAUCAUAUGGUUGGUUAUGCUCCGACCAGCUGAGCCGAAAGCAACUGACAUCAUGCACAACCAGGAUUAUCGGAAGCACACUCUGUUCCGCCUCUCAGAACAUUGCUAUGUUAAUCGUGGGUCGAUUCAUCAACGGCUUCUCCAUUGCCGCGAGGCCUGUCGGUUCGUCGUCGUCGUCCUCCUCGAUCCCAACGUGUUGAAACUGCUGGAGGAGACCUGUUCGGUGCAUGAAGUUGACCACGUAGCGGAGUUAUUGUUUACGCCUGAGUCUCCGAGAUGGUUGGCAAAGAAAGAUCGCUGGGAUGAAUGCUGUCACAUUAUCACUUCUAUUCAUGCUAACAACAACCUCGAUGACGAAUUUAUUCAGAUGGAGAUCCAACAGCUCAAAGAUGCUUGCGAAUUAGAGCGCAACAAGUCCGAUAAUACUUACUUUGAUCUUUUCCGGCCGCAUAUGAUUUGGCGGACUCAUAUCGUCGUCUUCGUCCAAAUAUGGUGUCAACUAACUGGAAUAAAUGCUAUUCUUUAUUAUAUUACAUAUAUAUUUGGAAUGGCCGGCCUCAGUGGCAAUUCCAACUUGGUGGCCUCAUCCAUCAGCUCUGUGAUCAACGUGGUUAUGACAAUACCCGCACUUCUCCUCAUGGACCGGAUCGGGCGUCGUCCAUUGCUCAUAGGAGGUAGUAUUUCUCUUACCAUCUGGUGGACCAUAUGUGCAGGCCUGAUGGGAGGCUAUGGUGCCCCGGCUCCCCUAGGUGGUCUGAACCAUAUUGCUGAAGUGAGUUGGUUGAUCACAGGAUCUCCCGCCAAGGUUGUGAUUGCUUGCUCCUAUCUCAUUGUGGCCUCUUUCGCCCCAACAUGGGGCCCUAUUGAAUGGGUGUAUCCAUCAGAACUUUCCCCCUUACGUCUGCGAGGAAAGGUCGCUGCCUUAUCUACAGCCAGUAAUUGGGCAUUCAAUUUUGCUUUGAGCUAUUUCAUUCCGCCCGCUUUCAUCAACAUCACUUGGACGACAUAUAUUAUCUUUGCCGUGUUCUCCUUCGCCAUGACCCUUCACGUCUUCUUCUUUUUUCCUGAGACGUCAGGGAGGACCUUAGAGGAAGUUGAAGAUGCAUUCAAGGGUGUUCAUCUAGCAUGGAGAAUGGGGAAAGACAAAUUCAGGGAUGAAGAGAGAGCACUCGACCAUGAGUCGAAACAAAACCAACGUGAAGAAGUUAUGCACGUUGAGGAUACUCUAAGAUCAAUGUAA